UUCGUCGCGUUCGUUUCCUGGUUGUUGUUGGUGCAACGUGUGCUUGUGCGUGGACUCUGUACUUCCCUGGCGUGCUCUGUGCAGUAACCCGCGUUUUCCUACCUGGCGAUAGUGUUUAGCCAUUUCACGUCUUUAACCCGGAUAAUAGAGAGUCCAAGCUACAUCGAAGACUCUGGUACCGGUAUUACGAUGAGUACUGACAGCAUCGAGAAGCUGUACAAGAAUUUUGGUAUUCUUGCUGAUGCAAAGGAUAAACUUGCAGAGCAUGAAAAAGAGUACUUGGAAAUAUUAACAGCUGUCAAAGGUUCACCCAAGGAAAAGCGUUUGGCUUCGCAAUUCAUUGCUAGAUUCUUUAAAUACUUUCCAAAGUUAGCUGAUCGUGCAAUUGAUGCCCAUUUGGAUCUUUGUGAGGAUGAAGAUAUGGCUAUAAGAAAACAAGCUAUUAAGGAUCUACCAGCUAUUUGUAAGGACAGCAAAGAACAUACAGCAAGAAUCGCUGACAUUUUAGCCCAACUGUUACAAGCACAAGAUACAUCAGAGUUAGCAGUUGUCCAAAACAGUAUUAUGUCUCUUAUGAAAAGUGAUCCAAAAGGUGCCAUAAGUGGAUUUUUCAGUCAAAUACUGAAUGGCGAUGACGGAACACGCGAGCGAUGCAUUAAAUUUCUGGCAACGAAACUGAAGGCUAUUGGUCAUGACGUUAUCACUAAGGAACCUGAAGACUUGCUCAUUGCUGAGUGCAAAAAAGUAUUGCAGGAUGUGACAGCAGAUGAGUUUCACAGCAUUAUGGAAGUUUUAGCUUGGACCAGACUCGGCACAACAGUCAGUGGACAACAAGAAUUGAUCGAUAUUACAGUAGAACAAGCUGAACUGUCUGUUCCUUUUAAACACACUAAUUUGGAACAAUGGAAUAGGCUUGUUCAGUGUAUCGGGCAUGCUCUUCCGUUCUUUAGCUCACAGAUCGAUUCGUCGAGGUUUGUGUCGUACAUCUGUGUGCAAGUGUUGCCGCAUCUUUCAUUGAUUACGGCUCCAGAUGGUCGUGAUGCGCAACUUGAAAUACUGAAAUUACUCGCAGAACUCGCCGUUUUUUGUGGCAACAUCGAAAAGCCUGAAGAGAAAGUACAGCAAUUAUAUAACACUCUCAUCACCUACAUGCCACUACCUCCAGACACUGAAGUGUCCGAAGUGCCGAAACUUCAAUUCAGUCAUGUAGAGUGUCUCAUGUACGCUUUCCACAAGUUGUGCAAGCAGACUCCAGAAUUUCUGACUAAGGAUGCGGAAGGGCUUAAGGAGUUCCGCCUGAGGCUCCAAUACUUCGCUCGCGGUAUUCAGGGUUACAUUAAAAAACUCCGUGAAGCCAUUGGCGGAAAAAGCGAGGACGAGUUAAAAUCAGAGGAGAAUCGGCUUAAGGUCGUCGCCCUCAAAACUACCAACAAUAUCAACAUUCUGAUUAAAGAUCUAUUUCAUUCGCCACCGAGUUUCAAGAGUGUUAUACAUCUUUCGUGGAUAACACCGAGUUCCGAUAAUAAAAAGAUCGAAAAAACUUCGCCAGGACAGAAAAGGCAUACUCCCAUUACCUUCGGCAACGACAGUGGCUCCAGCAAACGCAAUAAGGAGGAUGGGAAAGGUAGCAAAAGGGAAAUUUACACGCCUCCAAGUGGAAAAUACAGUUCAAACAUUUCUUCAAAUUAUGGCUCUAGAGGUCGUUUCAGAGGUAACAGGUCGGGUAGCCGUGGAGGAUACAGACCGCGUGGUCGUGGUGGCUGGAGAAAGAGUGCAUAUUAGCAACCAAGGAAAGCUCCAAUCCGACAUUUCUAACUUUGUCCUGUGGAACCUGUAAAUUAUGUGCAUCUUAAAGAGAAGCAAAAAGAGGACGUAAAGGAGAAGAAACAGAAAGAGAAAAAUGAAAACAGAAAUAAGCAGAGAUGUGAGAGCGAGGAGUAAAGAAGUAUCAUCAUAGAGGAGAAUUGUAUCUCGCGCUGCGAGAUUAUCGCGUAUAUAAUUGUCUUUUCAAUGAAGUGAAUCAGUCAAAGGUGGAUUUUUGUUUCCGGUUGCUCGUCCGAAAUUUCAAAGAGGCACCCUGAACGUUAUCAACGUAUAAAAUACCAUGAAAUCUAAAAGCUAGUGCACGUACUGACAAGUUAUUACGCUUAAUCUAUCGUUUCUUUACCCAACAAGGAUUUUCCCCGUUUUAAUUAUGCAACAAUUUAUUGUCCAUAUUCUUCGUGGCUAAAACGUGUUGCAAUGUGGAUCUUGAAUCAAUUUCUCUUUUUCUCUUCCAUUCUAUUCUUCGUUGUGUUUAUGAAGGAACUCGUUUUAAAAAAAUUCAUUUGGACGACUAUGGUGUGACUGGGACGCCACAUAUGGCGCUUGCUCUACCUUCGCAUAGUAAUUGGAACUACUGUGUUAAUUCAUAUUCAAACAAUCGAUAGAUGAGAGACAGUUCUUUUUUCAUUAGUAUUGCUUAACAGUGUUUCAUUAACGUAGUUCGUUAUUUGCAAUUGACAUUUCAUUGCCGGUAAUCACUUCAGAAUAGUUUAGUGUUUCUACGACGAGGGCGAAGACAUUUUUAAUAAAAGUUUACGCUCAUUUCAUGCAAGUUCCUGAGUGAGCACGCAGAUUAAACAACGUGAAUCUUUGUUAUUGAGCUAUGACAUUAUAACUAUAUGAUACCUACAGUGAAUACUUAUAAAGUAAUUUGCAAAAUUUAAUGAUUUUCGUCAUAUCAAUAUUCAAUUAUUGGCUAAAAUUUUAACACUAUGGAAGAAAAUAUGAAGACAGAAUCAAAAUCAUCAUAAUUGGUUAAAUAAGAAUCGGCAUCGACGUACUGCGUUAAUUUGUGUUUAACAGGGUUGCUAAAUAUUAAAGUAACGAAAGUGUACAAGUUAUAUGCUAAAAUUCAAGAACAUAAGCAGUGAUCCUGAUCCAUGAAAAAAAUUAACUUAUCUGCAGUGCACGCGUUCAAAGUGCAUCUCGUGAAAUAAAAAUAGAAACAAGAUGCUUGAAGAAAAUAUAAAUAAAAGAAAGUUGCAUGAAUGCAAAAAGACAUCUACAAUGAAAAUUUGUGAACGUAAAAAUUCGACAAAACCAUAUGCAAAAAAGAAAUGGCCGCAAAACUACAAGAACAAGUUGAAAAAAUAAGGGGGAACUAAUCGUGUGCGCGUUGCAUUUCCUUCCUAAAUUCCACAAUAAUUUCAUUAUCCAAAUCCAAGUUUUUGUUCCACUCCAUUCCCAUGUUCCAGUUACAGUAUUCGUCUUUUUAAAAACUGUUUUGAUUAUCGACGCAAGAAACCUUUCCACGUUAUUUAAUGCUAAACGUUGGAAAACAAUUUACCUCAUUCGUCGAGUCCUUAAAUACUGUCAUUAAAGUAAAUUUGUUGUCAAAGCAAAUAUGUUUAACCUUAGAUACUUAUUAGUUAUCAAAAUGGAAAGUUUCUGCUUCGAUUUUGAAUUUUCAAUUGGAAUGUUUGUUGUUUUGCUUACAGCUGCAGAUUACAAAUAAGCUGAUGAUGAAAAGGGGCCAGAAUCGAGAAUGAAGCAUCGGAAAAAAUAUAACAACUUUUUGUGUUUCAGUAUCGAGAGGCGGGAUCUACCCUCGGACUUCUACUUCGAAAAUUGAAAUAAGUUUUUUUCAGGUCUUGCUGAUCGAUCGACCACCCAGCUGAUUCUAUUUGUAGUAGUAUAUCAAAUUGUCAUUUUCAAACGAGGUGAGUCUUAAAAUCUCCCGACCAAUUUCUUUGUUUCCUUUGUCCAAACUACCGUCAAUGUUAUCACCGUUGCUGUCAUCGUUGUCAUCGUCGUUGAAAUAUUUCUGCUGUGUUCAUAAUUUUGCAUUCAUUAUAACAAUCUCUUGAUUAUUAAACUAAUAAAAUCAUUUAACCACAUA